CCAGGCUGUCAAUACACGCAGCUGAGGCGAGAACAAUCUUGCGUUGGAGAGCUCAAUAGAGAAUCUUUAGGAUGACAUCAACAUGUAAAAUUUGUCGCUUGUCAUGCUUGUAGUUUAAACUUCUGCAGAAAGCGCAAAGACAAAGCGCUUGGGUUGCAUGUCAGCACUCUUUGAUGUCGCAGAGGUCAAAUUGCUCAGCGUGUGUCAUGUUACGUAUUGGCUUUCGAAUGUACUGGGAUAAAUCGAUGACGUCUCAAAGACUUCCGUUUAAUUCUAUCAAGAGAUAACACAUGCAGAAAGCGAAAACAAAACGCUUCAGACUGCAGACAAAAUUCAGUUUUGGAAAGCAUCAUUUGACCCGUUGCUUUUUGAGCUAAUUUCUAUCUGCAUUUCUAGGGAUUUUCGUUUGCAACGUGCGAAGUCCAUGCAAUGUUUACCUCGGUUAGUUGAGUGACGGUAUUGAGGGCCGAGGUCAAUGGACAUUCGCUUUUGGCGCGGAACCGUAUUGUUUAUAUUUAUAGUGAAAUCUGACUCAUGGGUUGUUGCCCACCCAUUCCCAAGGGAUCUCUAUGGUUAUACUGAUUGGCCCGUGGGCGGGAAGUGAUUGUAUGGUGAUGUGUGACGUAGUCAAUAGCCAGUUGUGAAAGGUCCCUGGUUGACGAACGUAGCACUAAACUGGAAACUCCAAUACUUAGAAGUUGGGAGCCAAAAUAUUUACGAGUUCAUAACUUCAAUUUGUUGCUUAGACUGUGAUCGACCACCCAAGAGUUGAUCUGAGGUGUUUUCUGGGCGAUCGAAUGUAGAGUUCUGCGGAGAACCUAAGUUUCCGCUUCUUGCGAAAGUGAAUUACGCCGGUCGAUUUUGUUCUGAGCGCCCUGCCUUGGCGCUUGUGAAAACUACCAGCAACCGCGCGGGACAGUAUUUUAUCGGAACAGACUUUCCUCGUUAUGUCUUUUGAGACUUUUCCGUGUGGUAGCCCCGAAGCUGAAAGCACAGAAGAACCAGCUCCGUCAUUAUACGUUGAAACUCCGGAGGACGAUUCCUCUCGGCUGCUAAUCAAAAAGCCAGUCAUGAACGCAGAACCCUCAAGACUCGCCGAAACGGCGAAUAUCGAAGAUCAGAUGAUGAGCGAAGAUGAAAUUGCUCAGGUAAAUGCUAAAAGUGGCGAUGCGUUGAAGCUUAACACGCAAAAGGAAUACCAGGAAACAGAAGCGAGCCAUCUUGCUAAAAAGAACGUCGAUGAUGCAGGGAGGCGUGCUAUGGAAGGGAAUAAUAUUUAUGAAGUCCCUCGAACUCACUGGAUUCAGUUAAAUCACGGAAAUUCGUCAUCUAUUCCAGCGCAUGCCACAACUCCGAACGAUCGUCAACAACAAGAAAGCGAUCGCGCUAGCGUUAUAAUAAAAAGAAUGAACAAUAAAGAACAACAGGAAGUCGAUUCGGACUCUGACAACGAUUCACAAGAUUCGGGCAAGAUAAGAAGCAGCGAGCUUCGAUGCAACGAGAAAAUUUCUGAUGGAAAUGAUGAGAACGUGAAUGCGGUUCAAUCUCACUCCUCGCGUGCGCUGUAUUAUAAUUAUAAUGCACACCACGAGGAUGUCAACAAACUGGAAGACAAAGGAAAUGCCAAAUCACAGAACGCUGGCGGGGAGAUUUUGAGGAACGUGCACGGAGAUACGAAAGCGCUUCCUGUUUAUUACAUGCCGGCUGGAGCAUAUCCACAUAUGGUAGCAAUGGCCGGUGGAAAUGCUGGAAACAGUGCUAAUGUGCUAAAGAGGGAGCAUUUUGUGCACACUAGCAUGAAUGAGCUCAAGGGAUUUCCUGUUCAGCACAUGGAUUAUGUUUCGGGAAGGCCGGAGCAACAAGUACCUGUGGCAACAAGUACAGUGAACCCUGGAGAAGGAAACGUUUAUGGAAAUUUGCAGCAUGGAGCUCCAGGCUUGCAGUUUAUGGACAGACGACUUGUCCAUGCAGGAGGCUAUGCUAUGGUACCUGGACUUGGACCUGUUCGAGUGAUCGAUGGAAUGUACUAUCAGGGGCUCUCUGUAGGGGGUGAUCAGGGUCGUUAUGAAAACUUUGCUGCCGUGCCUUCAUUUGUGCCAUUGAAUAACAUCCCUUCUGAUGCAUCAGCAUCUCAGACACAGUCACAACUUCCCAGUUCAGCUGCUUCAAACACUGAUGUGGUAAACCAGCGAGGUCAAGACAAGCUGCUAAAUACCGCCAAGCCUUAUGUAAGCCCUGUUCAUUCUGCUGUGUCUCCAGCAUCGAGUUUGGAAGAACGGAGAUCAGCAAAUUCUCCAGCCAUUAAGAGUGACAGUAGUAGUCCUACUCCCGGUGAAGAUCCCGACAGCAAGAAACUUGCUCAAAGUAAAUUAAAAGGCAAACCAAAGCCCACUACAGGGGCUUCAAAGCCAGAGAUCAAGUGUGAGCAAUGUGGAAAAACAUUUGGAUCAUCUAGUGCCCUUGCAAAGCACAAACUUACUCACAGCGAUGAGAGAAGAUACGUGUGCUCAACCUGUGGAAAAGGAUUCAAAAGACAGGAUCAUUUAAAUGGUCACAUGGUAACUCAUCGGGACAAAAAACCAUAUGAAUGUAGGUUCACAGAUUGUGAUAAGAGCUAUUGUGACAUGCGGUCUCUACGCCGACACUUGGAGAAUCAUCACUCAGCCAAUGGGAACAACGUCAAUGAUUCUAGACCACCUGGUUCUGGAAGUCCAAGCUUAAACUGCAAUGAUAAACUAUCACCAGCUGGAAGUAAUGAGCACGUGGGGUCACCAAGAAAUUUACCAAAGUUGACAAAGGUUCGCAAUGAGCACCUUCAAGUUAGUGGGUAUGAUAGUGGUAGGAGCUCAGGUAGAUCAACACCUGGAAGCACCCAUGAACCUAGUGCCCCUCGUGAAAGACCUAUUGAUUUACCUCUGGAGGGAGCAGCAUUGAAUGGCUUGAGAGAAAGGGAAAGGAAUAGUGACAGCUUCAGCUCAACGACAUCUGAGGAUGGGCUUGGCAACUCUGCAGAGCAAAGUGUACCCGAGAAAGCUACUGAUACUGGGUUACCUCAUUCAGCAGUUGACUUGCUCAAGCAGGCAGCAGAUCGUGUCAAAGGACAGCAUGGUGCUCGAAAUGGCAAUGAAUUGUGGCAAGAAAGGUUUCAACAGCAGCCCUAUGUGGUGUACCACCCAGAUGGAACACCUUACCCGCAGUGGUAUCCGACAGCAUUGUAUGCUCAGGACCCACGGUUUGUGUACCAAUAUCACUUUCCCUCAACAGUAUUCCAAGUUCCAGUUGCUUCCCAGCAAGCCAGUGGGUUGGUCAAUGAAUCCCGUCAAAGAAUGAUGAACGAUGCAGACACUCCGACGGAGAUGACAAAGACUGUUGGGGUGUCAACACAGGCAACCCCAUCACCUUCCCAAGAUUCCCGGCUAACAGAUACCAUGCAGGUGGCAUACUACAAACAACAAAGUGGAAGACAUGUCGGAACUCCUACAGAUCCUACUGCUGUUGCUGUAGCCACAGCAAAAGAAAUGGGACAAUUUAGAUACACUGGUGACAGUUUCUAUGGAGUGCAUCCUUCUGGAACACAGUGGCAACAGGUGCGCUACGAUGAAACAGCUAAUGCAUAUAACUCAACUUCAUCCAUGGGUAACAACAAAUCACUUUAUGGACAUACAAUGACACCAGAGAGUAAUGGCUCUGUUACCAGCGACAAUGAUUUAAACCAUGUGGAGACACUCUCGAGAGGAACCGAGUUCAGAAACAGUAAAAACAAUGAUGGCCAACCAGCGGAGAAGAGGCAACGAUUAUCAGAAGUGGGUAUCGCAGAGAGGAGAGAUGUCAGUGGUCCACCCCUUGCUCACAUCAAGCUUGAAGACAAUAACAAUGCACAAGACAAAGGGAACCAGGCCGUGUUUAGAAAUCCUGCCGAGAUAGUCACCCCAAGGCGGAAACAAAGGCCACGUCCAGAGCCUUUGACUAUCCCACCAUCGGCAAGCACGACCUACUUUCCUAAUCGUCCAGGCUCUCCAAUGAAUCGCAGUCAACCAUGUUCACCUCCGUAUACACCUCCUCCAAUGCUCAGUCCUCGUAGUAUAUAUCAUGUUCCCUCCUUGGGAAAUCUGACGCCACGACCGAGUGCAUCCUUGCAGCUGCCUAUGACACCAAGCAGGCUUCUUCUUAGUGGCCAUAGAAGCAGCUUUGAUGGAGAAGAAGCCAGUCAAUUCCCUGAGCCGAAAAUAAAUGUUGGUCCACAGUUCCAAGCUGAGGUGCCUCCUUUGGCUGGUGACAAAAAAGGAGCAAUCCACGAUGUUCACAAGGCAACACUGUGCUGGAAACCUUUUGAUGAAAAGAAACGUAUGAGACGGGAGGAAAUUGAAUCCUUUCUGGAUAUGGCCUGCUCUGUUGCAAUAGUUGGUGGUGGAUCAAACAAGGAAUAUGCCUUGCACAUUCUUCAUAAAGCAAAUGGAAAUGUUAAGGAUGCAGUAAAAUUGCUGCUAUGUCAGAAAUUUAUCACACACAAUGAUGACCCAAUGUAUGACUAUCACUAUGAAGGCUCUGUGAGAUGGGCUUCAAAGGAGAGGCAGAUUUUCAGACAAAAUUUCAGAACAAAAGGAAAAGACUUUGCUGAACUUCAGAAAGAUAUUGGAGGCAAGAAAACAAUUUUUGACUGUAUAGAGUUCUAUUACCAUUGGAAAGCAGCUCACCCUGAGGCUGUAAGAGGAAGAACACGUUACAUUGACUCAGACUCUGAGGAUUAUGAGGACACAGGAAGUGAAACUAACAGCAAUCCAUCAUAUUUUGAGUGUGAUUUCCCUCAGUGUAAUGCUAAAUUUGUGUCAAGGCAAGCACUGAACGGUCAUAUUCGUGUCCAUGGAGGAAGCUUUAUGAAGCCUUCAGAGCCAAACAGACGUAAGAAUCGUAACACUGCAGGUUCAUCUGCCACUAAUGGAACCAAUUCGGCACCUGUAGUCAGAAAGAGAAAGUCUCCCUCGCCAGCACCUGCUUCAGCCCUCCCUGAUUUAAAUAAUCCAGAUGGGCAAUUACCUGAGUUUGCCUGUAAAGUCUGUGGAAGAAUAUUCCACAAGAUAAAGAGCCGGUCAGCCCACAUGAAGACUCAUGUUAAAAGACCAGAUGAUGAUGAAAAACUUUCCUCAAAGUUACCCUCCAAGAAUCACUGAUGCUAAUAACUUGAAUUUAAAAGAAAAUUGAAGCAGUUCAUAUAAAGUAUCCCUUUCACAGUUUGACUGUUAAUGACUAUUUAUGUAUAUGAUAUAGCUAAGUUAUUCUUAAUUUAUAUAUUUUUUGACUUCAAAGUCAUGUGGCGAAAAUAAUGAAUUGUUCACCACAUGGUUCUUUAUUUAGACUUUGAACAAGAAGAAGAAUUCUUGUAAAUGAAGUUUCGAAAUUUGUGCUCAAGCAGUAUAGCCGUAGACAUUUAUGGCUGCAUUUAAGCUUCUCGUAUCUCAAGUUGUAUAUAUAAUUAGUCUAAUUUCAGAGCUGAACAAAGAGGUUCCAGCAAUGUGAUUGGUCGAGCGGUUCCUUAUAUGACGCUAUAUAAACCAC